AUGGUAUUACUGGUGUUUGGUUAUGGAAACGGGACGCAGUAUUAUCAUGUUUUGUUAUUGCAAGGAAUUGGAUAUUCAAAUAAUUUGACAGAGUGA